AAUCUGUGAUUUCAUACAUCAGGAGCGUUGCAGUGAAUUACGAAAUUCGGAGGGCUCUUUACCCUUUUUCAUGGUUGUCAGUUGUGGUCACAUAAGUGGUGCGAGGACAUUUUAAUGCCACAUGUCUUUAUUGGCAUGAUAUUCCCUUUGUAAAGGUUGUCUAAAUAUAUAAUAGUAAAAAAAUACCACAGUGAGCUUAACUCAGUUUCCCAUCUCGAAGUUACUUUGCGAGAGUGCCCUUGACGUAUCUAAGAUUAUUAGUUACAGAUGAUUUACUUCUGCGAGUGCAUGUUUCUUCAUGUGGAGAACAACUUAUCAUACCAAUUUACAUACAUUUUCCUUCACGAAAUUAGAAGAUUUUCUUAAUCAAGCUGUGGGCUCCGCUGCAAUCUCCCAUGACAUGCGAUCCAUGAAUAAUUGGAAUGAAAUUAUAAAUAACUAUGUUCGGCUAUUGGUACCACUGACGAAUAUCGCAGUUCAAGUUGUUAUAGCGAAUGAGAGAAACGUCGGCAACACGUUGAAGAUGGUAGCUGUAGAGGAUGAGUCUUUUAUACCAGCUGCAAAAUUGGCAACUGAUGAGAGACUGGAGUGGGUUCCUCUAUCCUUAACACUAGUAGAGUAUCCCCAAGGGGACUGGUUAGGCAAAUUGCUGGCUGUUUCCAGCUUGCUGCCAUUUGGGAUUCUCUCAGGUUUCGUAGCUCUCAUUCUCUUCCGUAGGGAUUUGCACACGAUAACAUUCUUCUUUGGCACAACAUUAAAUGAAAUCCUGAACCUAGUGCUCAAGUACACCUUCUGUGAAGCAAGACCAAUACAGAGGAGUGCCCUCUACACAGAAUAUGGAAUGCCAUCAUCACAUUCGCAAUUCAUGUGGUUUUUUGCCACGUACAUGAUAUAUUUUGUGUUCAUACGGUUGCAGCAUAUGAAUAACAAUGCUUUACUAGAAAAUGCAUGGAAGACAGUCAUCACAAUAGUGUGUGUUUCUCUGGCAGCAUUAGUGACCAUCAGCAGAGUGUAUCUUCAGUACCAUACGUGGAAGCAGGUUCUUAGCGGAGCUCUGGUUGGCUUCCUCUUUGGUUCACUCUGGUUUGCUCUAACCUACCUGAUCUUUACGCCUAUAUUUCCACUUGUUGUCUCAUGGCGGAUAUCAGAAUUCUUGCUGCUGCGAGAUACGACACUGAUCCCCAAUGUUUUGUGGUUUGAGUACACAAACAGCAGGCAGGAGGCUCGGGCUCGAAGUCGCAAGUUGGUCUCUAUGAAGUCCCAAUGACAGCUGCUUGGCUUCCCCGGUCAUAUUGUCGGUGGUGGAGGCCUUCUGCAUAAUCUCAUCCAUUUUUACUGGGCACGUAAGAGGUAGUAACUCAGCCUCAGGCCAUGACUCAUUAUUGCCUCAUUUGUUUUGAGGUUUUGACUUAGCACUGCCUUAUUCAGUUCUACCGGACUCAUUACUGUCUCACUCGUAUCUUGCCGACAGCUUGAGGUAGUAAAGCCUCGUUAGUUCUGCAGGUAACAGGAUUUAGUGAUUCAGCAUUGCCUCACUCCAUUCUGAUGGGCAACAGGAGGCAGUGCCUUGUUCCAAAAGGCAUAAAAGACAGUGAAUUUGACACUCUUGUUUAAAGGCAGCAUCAUUUGGCAGCUGUUACGGAGUAUCCUUCAUUUGGAUUUAUAUCCAGUAAAUGGUUGCAUUGACUAAUUUGACCUCUAUGCAAUAAAGUGGAUUUCCAUUAUAUGAUAUUUGAGGUUUUCAUGAUGGUUGGAGUUCAGAUUGUGGUGUUCUGGGUUGUGGCAACAGUGUAGUCUUGUAGGUAGUUACCAUUGUUUCUAAGGAACAUAUUCCUCUAUCUUCUGCAUGGCAUGUCAAUCCAGAAGAUCACAGUCUGGAUUUAAGAUGCAUUUAUGUUGUGUAACAGGUGAGCAGAUUUCAGAUUUUAAGCACAUUGAAGCACAAGACUUUAAUCCUCAAAAGCACAAAGCGUGUGAUCUUAGUGUGACACCGCAGCAGAGGGUACAGUCACACUGGCAGCCCUGAUGACUGCUUCCGGGGAUCGUAUGUUUGAAUCCAACUCAGGACAUCCAUAUUUGCAUGUGUGUGGUGUCUUCAUUAUAAUUCAUCAUCAACUUUCCAGCUCAUCUAGCUCCAAGGUAGCGCAGUCCAGCAAUCAGUGACAGAAAGACAAAAACUAAUUUAUAAUUGAAUUUUUAUUUUCAGUUUUAAAAUGCACGUGACUAGCAGUUUAAUUACUUUCGUGCUCGGUUGAAUCUUUACAACAUUGCCUGUUAGAAACCAGAAUAAGAUUUUAAAAAUGUGAUAUAUUGUUUUUCUGUCAUGGGACAGUUUUGAAAUUAUUGGUAUUUGUUGUUAAUGCAUUUAAUUUUGCUACGUGGAGGGGUUGAGUGUGAACCUUGUUCCUCCACUUAUUCUCCGGUGGUAUACUUAAUCAGACUUGUGUAAGCAGUAAUGGGGGUUUUAAUAAAAUGUACUUAAGCACAGCUCAGCAAACAAAAUGAGCAAUGUCUUUCACUAACUAUAAACUUUGGGUUAAAUAAAUAUGACUGUAAUAGCAAAAACGAGUUGUUUGAAAAAGUUACCACUCGUAACUGUAAUAAAUACCAGUCUCCUGUCAUAGUUUGGAAUGGUACAGACACCAAUGCAACAUCUUCAUUGUCUUCUGUAGGUAAGAAGGUGCCUUACUAUUUUUACAGUUUAAGAUCACUGCUUCAGCUAACCAUUCCACUGUGAGGAAAUAUCCGCAAAAUGAUUGAUUCAGUGUGUGGUUAUAUGUAAAGAACAAUGUUUUAAGAAAUAAAGUGUGGGUUGAAAAUAGUA